AUCGCAGCAAACUUUGGUCCCCGGACAUGAGUACCGAAGCACCUUAUUGAAGCAUUUACUGUUUUUCAUGCGUCGAAAGAGCUUCUCAUUUUCACGUGGCGAGCAAGAUUUCUCUCAUUUCCCCAGGAAUUAUUUGGGAUAAUACGCGUGGGAAGCAUCCAUUGACUGAUACUUCGUUACGGCCCCGGCGUGAUUACUGCAUCAAGCCGGCCCAGGGACGGCACGGCACACGGAAACACACGGAAUAGAAAGAGUAUACUUGGCGAGUCACGGAGGCGUCAUGCCGGGUUUAAGUCGAGUCGCCAUGUUCCCAGCGCCCACAUUCUAGUGGUAAAGACGACCGAUUUUAGCUUAGCGAUGAGUCGUCCACCUCGGCCUUGUCUUCCCCGCAGCGGUCGACUAGUCAACCCCAAACUCGUCUAAUUUUGCGGUUCUUUUUCUCUCCGUCCUCACUUGCUGGGAUAUCUCUGGGGUUAACUCUUAAGCGGCCGGCAAAAGCUGUCCGUCUUCUUCAGCCUCUUGUCCGAAACUUCAGCCAUUGACGUCAACUGAAAAGCUCCCGGAACUGGUCUUCUCAUCACCUCAAUGUUCAUACCCGUAUGUUUACAACUUUCAGUCGUAGUCGAGCGUGUCGAGUCACUUUGGGGAAAGAGAAUGGGACAACGGGCGGGACCGUCGCAGUCUCCACUUGAAAGGCAACCUCCCUGCUUACCUCCAUCUCCUUCUCCACGGGACCCCAGGGGGAACGUUCAGCAAAGUGGGAACUCUCACACCUUUCGCCCUUUUCCCAUCUAGUCUUGUCCUUGUCUAGUGGGUUGAAGUGUCCACACAGGCGCCCGGCAAAAUACAAUUGCCAAAGUUUGGAGAAAUAGGUGUCCGAUUCGCAUUCACCCGUUCGGACGGCAGCAGAUUUCUUGGGGAAGAGCCUAGUUCGGAUAGGUGUACGCCGUACGGGUAGAGAGUAGAGGAAAGCCUCCCGCCCCUCGUGACUUGAUACUUCUCGGAGCCAAACUUGGCAGCGAAGCUUUGUCUUGAAACGGUUCAAGCCCAUCGCAUUUUGCCGGGAGACAGUGGCAAUCCCCUGCGCCGCGUACGCACUAGGAGACUCCAUGGGCCUGGCAGUUUACCUUGGCCGGCAGGCUGCUUCGUCCUCGUGCAGGAGGAUAUUCUCAAAGUCGCCAUGAUAUUGACAGCUGAUUGGGAACCGGUCGACCUCCGCUAGGAUUUCACGCAAAGGAUCCCAACCAAGUGGUUCCAGCUUCCAACACCCCCCCGCCCCCAAGAAGACCGGUCUCUAGACCUAGGCCUUCCCGGUCCGAUGCCCCGUCUGGGACUGUUCGCACUGUUUAUCUUUUGCUUCCCAUCUGUUCGUCUUAUGAUCCACAGCUCCAUAUAAUAAGACCUGGAGACCCCGCGUCGUAGAUCGAGGUUGUCUUUCUCGCCCUGUCCGUCCCUCUCAAGUCACCUUCUGGCCUAAACAAUACGGAGACCUGCUUCUGGCUCUUGCUCUGGUCGCCGGCAGAAAGCCAAACGUCAACUUUACCACGACAACCCACACACGAUAUACAGCUCCAUUGAGCAGACGCCAAAAUGGGUUUCCUCAAGGGCGUUACACAGAAGAAGACCAACAGUGAGGCUGUUGUCAUAGCUCAGGAAGAGGCGCCGGAUUUUGAGAAGGUCAACUGGGUGAAGGACCCCGGUCUGAGGAAGCUUUACUUCUACGCCUUCGUCCUUUGCAUUGCCUCCGCGACUACUGGUUACGAUGGCAUGUUCUUCAACUCUGUCCAGAACUUCGACUCAUGGCAGUCCUUCUUCGAUCACCCCAAGGGAGGCCAGCUCGGUCUUCUCGGUGCCUUUUACCAAAUCGGCAGUCUGGUUUCGAUUCCCAUUGUCCCCUUCAUUGCCGACAACUUUGGCAGAAAGAUCCCUAUUGUCAUCGGCUGCUUGAUCAUGGUUGCCGGUGCCGUCUUGCAGGGAGCCUGCACAAACAUGGGCAUGUUUAUGGGCGGUCGUGUCCUUCUUGGUUUCGGCAACUCCUUUGCCCAGAUUACGUCGCCCAUGUUGCUCGCUGAGCUUUGCCACCCCCAGCAUCGUGCUCGCUUGACGACGGUAUACAACUGCUUGUGGAACGUCGGUGCCCUCGUUGUCGCCUGGCUCUCUUUCGGAACCGACUUCCUCGGAAACGAGUGGUCGUGGCGUAUCCCUGCCAUCGGCCAGGCGGUGCCCUCCGUCAUCCAGCUCGCCUUCAUCUUCUGGGUCCCCGAGUCUCCCCGUUACCUCAUCGCCAAGGACCGCCACGACGAGGCCCUCGCGAUCCUGGGCAAGUACCACGCCAACGGCGACACCAACAACCCCACCGUCCAGUUUGAGUUCCGCGAGAUUCGCGAGACCAUCAAGCGCGAGAUCGCCGCCAAGAACAGCAGCAGCUACCUCGACUUCUUCCGCACCGCCGGCAACAAGUACCGCUUCAUCGUCCUUAUCUCCCUCGGUCUCUUCUCGCAGUGGUCCGGCAACGCCAUCAUCUCAAACUACACAAACAUCCUCUACGCCAACGCCGGCAUCGAGAGCUCCACCGCCCGCCUCGGCCUCUCCGCCGGCCAGACCGGUCUCUCCCUCGUCACCUCCCUGACGCUCGCCAUGCAGGUCGACCGCUUCGGUCGCCGACCCAUCUUCCUCGCCUCCACGGGCGGCAUGCUCAUGACCUUCGUCUUCUGGACCUUGUCUGCCGGCCUGUACGAGGAGCACGGCUCGCCCGGCUCCAACUACGCCAUGAUCUUCUUCAUCUGGCUGUUUGGCUUCUUCUACGCCUUCGCGUGGUCCGGUCUCCUCAUCAGCUACUCCAUCGAGAUCUUGCCGUACAAGCUGCGUGCCAAGGGUCUCAUGAUUGUCAACUUGACCGUCCAGGCCGCCCUCACGCUCAACAACUACGCCAACCCCUACGCGUUUGACUACUUUACCGGCCACACCUGGAAGCUGUACCUGAUCUACACUUGCUGGAUCUUCCUCGAACUCGUAUUCGUGUACCUCUUCUACGUCGAGACAAAGGGACCUACGCUCGAGGAGCUCGUCAAGGUCAUCGACGGCCCCGACGCCCAGGUUGCGGAUCUCGAUCUCGCGCAGGUCGAGCAGGAGAUCAAGCUCGGUCACGAGGCCGAGGAGUUGGAGCACAAGCGCGGUUGAGAGAGGCUAUGUGUGUGUGUGUGUGCUUGGCACCAUCGCAUUGGGGAUUUCCCUUCCCCCCAAUUUUAGCAUCUCACGGGCUUGAAGCUCCGUGACAUGAAAGCAUAUCCGAGCAUGCAGAUACCCCCC